AUGGCGCAGAUGUCCUCAUGGUGCGCGUUUCUCUUUUUGGCCCAGUUGCUCUGGGAGGGUCUUUUGGUAAGCGGUAGCCCCCCGGGUUGCGCGUCCUGUGGCCCCCGGUCCUUGGGGAGGGAAGCGGAGGAGAGGCUGAUGGUGGAGAUGGCCAAGCAGCAAAUUUUGGACAAGCUGCACCUGAAAGAGAGACCCAAGAUCUCUCAGACUGUGCCCCGGGUGGCGCUGCUGACUGCGCUGCGCAAACUCCACUCAGGGCGCGUCAGACAGGAUGGCACCCUCGAACUUGACAACAAAGUGCCAUCCAAAGACCAAAGCUAUGAAAUAGUCACCUUUGCCGACAUAAAUGAAAGUGUGCGCAGGGAUGAGGCAAAUCUCAGUCUCACCUUCCAGUUCCUACGAGAACAUGGCCGCGGUAUCCAGGUUCUGCAUUCCUCCCUCUGGAUCUAUGUUCGCUCCUCUAAGUCACCCUUCCCAGUGCCAGCUCAAAUUUUCCUCAUCGCAGACAGCGGUGAGUCAAAUGAGACUUUGGUGAUAGAAAAGAUGCUGGAGGUCCAGGGAAGCAACUGGCACACCUUCCCCAUCAACCGCAUCUUGCAGGACUUCAUGGACGGUGGGCAGAAGAGACUACACUUGGAAGUGCGUUGUGACGUGGACGGGAGAAAUCUUUGCUCCCUGGAAGACGCACCCAACACCUUGUAUCAACCAUUCUUGGUAGCCCAGGUGCGUCUUCGAGACGACCCUGCCCGACACCAGGUCAGAAAACGCUCCUUGAGGUGUGGUGACGAUGUCACUAUUUGCUGCAAGAAAGACUUUUACAUCAAGUUUAAGGACAUCCAGUGGCAUGACUGGAUCAUUGCGCCUGAGGGUUACCACAUGAACUACUGCGUGGGCCAGUGCCCUCACCAUCUGGCCGGGUCUCCCGGUAUCGCCUCAUCUUUUCACGCUACAGUCUUUAGCCAGCUGAAGGUGAACGGCCUCAACACAGCUGUGUCUUCAUGUUGUGUCCCCACGGAGCGUCAGGCUCUGUCCAUGGUAUACUUCAACUCUCAGCACAGUAUCAUCAAAACUGACGUGCCUGACAUGAUUGUAGAAUCCUGUGGGUGCACAUAA